AUGGCCAUUCUUGGCUGUGGGACAAUGGGAACUGCCAUUCUCGACGGUAUCCUACGGACUCUAACCCUCGCAUCUCCCUCAAGCUCUGCACAGCUUCGGCCUUCCCGUUUCAUUGCCUGUGUCAACCACGCAGAAUCAGUCAAACGGCUUGAACGCCACUAUGCCCAAUUCUUCGGCUCCACUCCCUCUCCUGUGCAGAUAUCUGUUUGGCAGAACAAGACAGCCGAGGCUGUGAAACAGGCUAAUAUAAUCCUCUUGGCAUGUCAACCUAGUCAAGCUGCAAAGAUUUUAGGGGACCCAUUGGCACGCGGCCAUUUCUCGCACAAGCUACUUCUCAACAUCUGUGUGGGCGUGUCCGUUUCUCGUAUCCACGAGAUGCUCUACGGCGGUCCAAAUGCACAACAGCCACCACCUGAGGAAAGGGCCUAUGUUGUUCAUGCAAUGCCUAAUACGGCGUCAACCAUCAGCCAGUCCGCAACUGUACUCAGCAGCGAGGGCAGCGAGCAUAUCCCGCCGGAACAUGAAGAAAUGGCACGCUGGAUUUUGACUAGUAUAGGCACUGUUACUGCCGCAGCACCUUCUCUAAUGAACGCGGCUAGUGUGACGGGGGCGUCAACCAUUGCAUUUUUUGCCACAACACUGAGCGGAGUUGUAAAGGGGGCCAUAGAAACGGGACUGCCUGAGGAGGAUGCUAUUCAAUUAGCAGCGCAAGCCAUGAAGGGAACGGCUGAAUUGGUGUUGAGGGGGGAGCAGCCGCUGAAAGUGAGAGAUCGCGUCAUGACUCCUAAUGGGUGCACUGAAAAGGGGGUCAAUGCGCUUCAAAAUGGUAGGGUGGAGGAAGUUUUUGUAGAGGCGAUGAAACAAGCCGUUGAGAGAGUGUUUGAGCUGGGUAGAGAGUCUUCUAAGGAACAAUUAUCGGGGCUGAAUUUGACUCAGCGCUGGGUUGGUGUGAUGUGA